CAAAAUAAGUGUCUACUUUCCUCUUUUGGAAAGAAAUAUGUGGUCUAAACCAUUUCACUUUAUUAUAUUCAAACUUCAACCACAACUUUUACUUUUUCAACCACUUCAUUAAUAACCGUGCCAAGUCAAACUAAGACACAUAAAAUGGGACGGAGGUAGUACAUAGAUACUUUGAAUCCAUUAUAUAUAUAUUUACAUACGUUAUACGUAGAUAAUUUGAGUUCACCUUAUAUUUAUUUUUACAAUGGAUACGUUGAUGAAUUCAUCCUACACUGAAUUCAUCUUUUAGGUAAGAUGCAGCGUUGGUGGAACAAUUGUGAUCCAUUUGGGAGAAAAAGUGCAUUGGAUUUUGUAAAAAAAUGUCUAUGUAAAGUUGUAUAAAGUGUGAUAUAAUAGAGCACUUUUGUAUGCGGCCUUCAGAGAGGGGCGAGGAGCUGGCGGUGCGGUUCUUAGAGAUGAGGGUGGAAGCAUAUUCAGGCUUCUUCAUGUCUCUUCGCGUGAAGACAGUACCCCAAGCGGAAGUUCAGGUAGCUUGUCGGGCGCUAGAAUGGUGUGCUAGAUCUGGGUUCUUCGACUUUCAACUGGAAACUGAUUCUGAGAUGACAACGAAGAUCUUGCUGAAGAAAUCAAGUCCUCCGACUUAUCUUCAGAGUACGGUUGAGGAAGCUCAAAGGCUUUGUCAGUCUCUUCAGGUUCGCAUUCAACAUAUCUAUAGGGAAAUGAAUUUACUUGCACAUGCUCUUGCUCAGCUUGGUCUUAAUUCUGACAAUUUUAUUUGCUUUACCUCUUCAGCUUUUUUACCCAAUAAUAUUUGCACCCUUAUUGAUUUAGAUAUUAAAGGGAUCCCUUCUGCCUACCGGGAUAAAAAAAAAAGAGCAC